UUUUCACCGAGUGUGCGUGAGAAGUUCGAAAAAUUUUGAGAGAUCCAAUUGCCCUACCGUUUAAUUCUCGUUGUGGCCAUCUAGAUGAACUCAGUUGAACAAGGUGCCCUUCUCCUCAAAAGACAGCUUGCAGAGCUCGACAAGAACCCUUCGGAGGGCUUUUCUGCUGGCCUUAUAGAUGAUGAUAAUUUGUUCAAAUGGGAAAUAAUGGUGGUAGGACCUCCUGAUACUUUCUAUGAGGGAGGUCUGUUCAAGGCACACUUGUAUUUUCCUAGGGAAUAUCCGCAAAAACCACCAAAAAUGAGAUUUAUAUCAGAAUUCUGGCACCCAAAUGUUCACAAGGAUGGUGAAGUUUGCAUUUCUAUUCUUCAUGAACCUGGUGAAGACAAAUAUGGCUAUGAGAAGGCAUCAGAGCGCUGGCUUCCAAUCCAUACUGUUGAAACAAUCUUGAUAAGUGUUAUCUCCAUGAUAUCAGAACCCAAUGAUGAAUCCCCAGCUAAUGUGGAUGCUGCAAAAGAUUGGAGGGAAGAUUACAAUGGAGUUUUUAAGAAAAAAGUAAAACAGUGUGUACGGAAAAGUCAAGAAUGUUGACUUCUGAAGAGUUUGUAGUAUGUUAUUGCUUCUAGAGUCGACUCUAAAAUUUGAUAUUAGUUAUUCCAAUAUUUUCUGUUACAAGUUCUUUAUCAUUAGCAGGGUUUUAAAGGGUUAUGUAUCUACUAGCACUCUUGUGAGCUGAUUACUGCUGUUUAACAAAUUGAAAAAAUAUCUCAGAUUUGAUAAGAAAUUGAUAAUAAGGCAUUAAGUGUGUAACUUUCUUGUAAAAUUAUUCAUUUGGAAGUGUAGGAUAGAGGUUAUGAAAUAUUAAUGUUUGCAUGUACAUUGUAUCUGUUCAUGGUGAUAUACAUUUUUUCACUGCUUAUUGUAUAUUCAUUGUUAUGAAGUAGUAUGUAGCUCACCUGCUUGGGGCUUGCUUACAGCACAUCAUUUUGAUGCCAACAAGUAAUCUAGAUUCACACCUUGUAGUAACAAGAUGGUGAAGCCACAUGAAUAAUAACCCUUAAUUUUUUAUUGACCUAAAUUUGAGCAACGUAAUGACAGAUAGAGAAUAUCAUGACAUGAGAAGGCUUAACUCCAUUCUUUGUCAUCUUAGCUACUGUGUUAUAUAUGAAAUUUGUUUUCACAAGAUCAAUCUGGCUUUAUAAAAAUUGUGGGUACACAUUGGAAUAAGAUUGUAGCCAAAAAAAUCAACAAAAAAAUUCUGCCAUUUGCAAAAUCUCUCAAAAGUUCUCUGCUGAACAAAAGAACCUUGACACUAAGUGACACCUACCACUUAGUGCCCUUUUUUUUUUACAUUCUGUGAAAGAACACUUUCCAAUUUUCAAGAUAAUGGUCUACAACACACACAUUGCAAUAAAGAAAGAAUCUUAAGGCAACUUUACAUAUACUAAUAAUUAAAUAUAAUAUUGAUUUGUUUGUCACUUGUAACAAAAAAUCAUGAACUGUUGAUUUCUUUAAUUACUAAUAGGAAGAUAUUAUAAUAUUACAAUAUUUGAUUAACUUGAAUCCAGUUUCAGAAUAAUGCUACAUUGUAAUUAAAAAUAAGUGUUUUUUUUUUUUUUUUAAGGUUAUGUACAUUUUAACAGAAGCAUGAUUGCUGUCAUACAAAUCCAACUACUUAGUGGUAUACAAGUUUAGUUAAAGCUGUUGUAAUUAUUGUAUUUUUGCAUUUGUGGCCGGUGCUCCAUAGUGAUAACUCAGCUCAUAUUUCAUAGUAAUUUUUUAAAUUUUGUUUUUGCUAUAUGUAAAGGAUAGCUUUUUUCUGUAAGUUUGAGGUAUUACUCAAACUUUCUAUUAAGUUUUCAAAACCCUUCUGGUUGCAGUAUGAACCAGCUUCACCUUCUAUCUAAGGAAACAGGUCUUUGAACACAAGUUUGUAAAAUCUGUGUAAAGUUCUCCAAGGUGGACAUUAUCUGGAAGUCCAAAUUAGUCAGAGGGGGUGGGUAUUCACUGGGCUGCUCCCCCAGAUUAUCAAAACCACCACACUUCUAUAUACCAAUACCACUCAUGACUAUAUCUCUCUCAUACUCUUUGAUGGAAAAUGGUAUUCCUAAACAUGCCUACUUUGAAACACCACUGACAUCUCUUUAACAUCUUGUAACAAGACAAAAGAAAUGUUGCUUUUAAGGUAAGCAGCAGAUAUACACCUUUCUCUUUACUUCUGUAACUACCAAGAGACCCUCUUAGGUGUCAAUUUUCCUUUUCACUUCCUUUUUUUUAUGUCAACUCAUGAAAUUUAAGUCUCUUCCUUUUUGUAAACCUAUGGUCUGAAAGUGAUACUUACCUCAACUUGCAUCCUUAUACUUUGUUUCUUUGCUCUAAAAAUUGUCAUUAUCAGAGCUAUACUUGCAGCUAUUUCAUUCAUAGCAAAACUAACCAUAGAUAAUUUCAUGAUAAAUAUUACUGUAAAUGAGUUAUUACAAUACUUCUCAGUGGUAGAAAACUUACAGUUCAUUUACUGAUUCCAGGACUAGUCAGACGGUGAAAUCUAAUCAGUGGGUAGAACUGAAAUAAAAGUGUUCCAAAAUUUUAAAGCUAGUGAAUAUGAUGUACAUAAUAUCCAUGUCUGGUUUCAGUAAAGAGCUGUAAUGAUUGUGUCUGCACUAAAAAAUUUGCAUAAGCUAAAUGACUGUAUAUUUGAUAUUCUUAUGCUUAAAUGCAGAGUAUGUUUGCUGCACAAAUAAAGAAAUUUAUAGGGAAA